AAUUGCCUGACCUCUUUUGAAAACAUAUAAACCAGAAAUUACUUUUUACUGUCGCAGACACCACCAUCAAACCAAUCUUUAAAAUAUUGAAAAAAUGGACGUAAAGAUUUUUGUAUUCCUUUUCUGUUUGGUCCUAGGAGUGAUGGGUCGACCAAAGUCUAGACAACCGAAAACUUGUUCGACAGAGAUAAUAUCAAUGCGGACCCAACUGAAACUGUCCAAUCAGAAAAUAGACGGACUGGACAAAAAACUGGACACAAUUCUGAAAGUGCUGGAGGACAUGGACCAGAAUGUUGUACACGAUUCGAUGUGCAGCCAAGUGAUGUGUAGCGGCUACGGGAAUUGCAGCCUUGGGGAAGACAUGGACGGGUAUAUCUGUGUCUGUGAGGAGGGCCACACUGGAGAACACUGUGAAGUAUCUGGACCGUGUAGCAUGGCCUGGAUGGAGUUUAGCAUGUCACCACCAAUGCCAGGAUUGGAGGAGCCACGCUGUGACGAGGAAGGCUUCUUUAUCCCUGUCCAGUUCCGGGGCUCACAGGCAAUUUGCGUGGACAGAAACGGUGAAUGGUUAGGCUUUGGCGUCCCGAGAUGGUUGGCUAAGCCGAACAUGUUAUGUGACUGUGCUCUCGAGGGGCGAAGCGACUGCGCCCAGGACGGAUCCUAUCCUAUGUACGAUGGCGACUACGAUCACAUGGAUAGCAGCGACGAACGCGAGGACUACUAUGGUGGAAUUGGAUUCUACUAAAGGCAUAUAUAUAUCUUCCCCUGGGCUACUGUAUUGAUUGUGUGGUCGGUGGGGAUUUAUUUCUGAAUCUGAAGGCACAUAUAUCUUUCCUUGAACUGUGAUUCUCUAUCUAAAAACGACUAAAUCGCCUCCAUAGAAUCGGUCAAAGACAAAGUGUAUCUAUAGCGUUUGAUAGUAUAACCAUUAUGGGUACAGUACAGGUUGUUGUAUAACUUUAUUUUUGCUUUAACGGAAUGCAUUUUAAUAGACACUUGUAUUGAAUUCAAAGAUAGACGGUAUGAUGGAUACAAUCUGUUGGAUCAAUUACAAAUGAAAAAGAUAAGACCAUAGUCUUAGACCACAUUGUAUAUAUAUGUGAUUACGAAUAAAAAAAAUAUAGCCGGUGAAUGAUGAUUAUUGAUUUGACAUUUAGAAAAGAAUAAAAACAAAAACAUGAA